UGGGAAUGUAAACACAGAAGAUGGCAAGUGGGACGUCGCCCCCUUGUUUAACCUGCUAAUUACACGAGAGGUGUGUUGAUACAGGGGAUGAUGUGUUGCAGGGCAUUAAGAGACAUCAUGGCUGAAAGGAAAUUUACUCGUGGCUUGGGCAAGCCAGGAAUGGCUGCCCAGGUGCGAGAAAAUGUGUCUCAGGCAGUGAAGGCAACAGCCACACAGGUUAAACCUAGAUUAGCAGACUCCAUAGACUUCGAAGAAUACAUCACCAAAAAUAAAGUUAUGCUUAGUAAUGACCCCCUGAGGGAGCUGCUGAUGUACCCUAUUGAUGACAUAACAUACUCAGUCGUCCCACGGGUAACAAGAACUCUACAGUCAUUAGCAGCUGUUUACCUAAAGGAUGAAGUGACCAAUCCUCUUGUCCGCCAGUGUCUCACCACCUACUCUCAGGACCUGACCACAAUCACGCACAAAUACCUUCCAUACUCGGGGUCUUACCUGCACUUACCAAGGCUUCCACGUGUAGAUGAUCUAAAAGAGCAAGUUUAUGAAGUGGACACAGAUAUUGAACAGGGUGAUCUGGCAAUUUUGACCAAUGGUGAGAAUGUAUUGAAGAAAGGCUACCUUUUGAAAGGACCAGAAAGUGGGAAUGAAAAGAUAUUUGGAAAUUUCUCUUCAAAAACAUUUAAGAGGAGGUUUACAUGUCUGAGGCAAGAAGUUGAUGGAACAUAUCUUCUGGAGUUUCACAAAGAUGAAAGGAAACAAGAUUUGAAAGGCACAAUUGUUAUGGACUUUUGCACACAGAUUUCAAAAAAUCCCAGACGAGGAAAAUGCUGCUUUGAGCUCCAGAUGUGUGAGGGAGGGAAAUCCAUCUUGCUUUCGGCCGAGAGUGAGGCUGACCUGGAGGACUGGAUGGACAAGCUUACACGUGUGAUUCAUGCGGAUAAACCCCAGGACGAGUCUAGGAUCGAGAGAGGUUCAACUCCUCCCCUGUCAAACUAUGGGACUCUUCGGGGCCUAGAGCACAGCCUGAAUCCCCAGCUGAUCAAAUAUGCGCAUGAGACAGACUUCUCUAUAGCCCAGGCUCGUAGGGAAGACAGACAUCAACUCUUCACCUGUUAUCACAAUCUUCCUCGCACGGAAAAUGAAAAUGGCAGUGUAGAACUCAGAGAUGAGACACUAAUCUGGCCCUACAAAGAAGAAUUUGGGACGCGGUUUCGAGUUCAUUUCGAGAGCAUAAGAUUCAAGCUGCAAGCACCAUUGGACUCGGGGGAUGGUCCUCUGUCACAGCUGGAGCCAUACAUGACCUAUGCUGCCAUCUAUGAUGUGAGCCAGGGCUGCAAGAUCUCUGAAGACUUUUAUUUUGACCUAAACAACCCCAUGGUGCGCAACCUGCUCCCCAAACCGAAGAAGAAGGCCGAUGAGGCCAAGGAAGGAGCCGGGACCUUCCCCCUCUCCCUUGCUGGUGUGCCGGAAGAGUGGAUUGCACAUCCUAAACAGUCUGUGAUGAGUGUGCUGAGACCACACACUGAUGUAUUCCUGGUAGUAAAGAUUGAGAAAGUGUUGCAGGGUUCCAUCAGCCAGUCUGUGGAGCCAUACCUCAAGAGUGUUGAUUCCAAGGGCAUUCAGAAGCUGCAAAGGGUCAUCAAGACAUGCUGCCAAAGGCUAGGGGAGUACCGUAUGCCCUUUGGUUGGUCUGCAAGGCCACUCUUCAAGCACAAUGGAAGCCUUGACACUGAGUCUGAGUUCCCAGCAAUCUACCGCUGUGAGGAAAAGAGGCUGGGUGAGACAGAAUUUGUGAAAAUGUUGGCUGAUUAUCGCAAACCAGAAAAGAUGAACAAGCUGACCAUUAUACCAGGAAGCAUCAAUGUCAAAAUCCUGCCCAUGGAAGUCACACUGCCAAAUUCUCUUACACCCACACUGGAGCCUGUCAAGCCUUUCCCAAACCCUCCAACCCACGAGCCCACUGUGGAAGUGCAGGAGUUCUCAGGGCGACAUAUCGAUGAUAUCCAUCCCUAUGUGAACUACAGUAACAACUUGUAUGUGUACCCUCACUUUUUAAACUAUGAGAACCAGAAGAGCUUCAACAGGGCACGGAACUUGGUGUGCACGGUUGAAUUACGGGACUCGGAUGCAGAAGGGGCCUCCCCCCUGCGCGUCAUCUACGGCCGGCCCGGCUCGGGUGCACAGACCACACAGAUGGCCACUGUGGUUCUGCACCACAACACAUGGCCCGAGUGGGGUGACGAAGUCAAGAUUAAGCUGCCCCACAACCUCACCUCGCAGCACCACCUCCUGUUCACUUUCCUGCAUGUGGCCAUUGAAGCAGCUAAGGCAGGCAAGAAGGAUGUACCCGUGGAGACAGUCGUGGGCUAUUCGUGGCUUCCCCUCUCAUGCAAGGGCAGGAUUGUGACGGAUGAACAGAUCCUCCCUGUAGCUGCACACCUGCCACCCAAGUACCUCUCCAUUGAGCCCCUUGGCCUGGGGAAAGGGUUUGCCGGCCCUGAAGUGCGUUGGGUGGACAGCCAGAAAAAUGUGUUCAAGGUGUCGAUGCGCUUGGUUUCCACAGUGCUCAGUGGUGACCAGCAUCUCCAUAACUUCUUCCAGUCAAGUGCCUCCCUCCUACCCCCAAUUGGCAGCUCUGGGGGGGCCUCAGCAGCUUCGAGUCCCAGAUCCACUCAGCCGAUGGAUGUGGAAACACUCAAGAAUCUCAAGGCUCUUCAUGCCCUUGAAGUUGGCUCAAUAAUAGCCUUUCUACCUACACUCCUAAACCAACUUCUAGGAGUGUUACUGAAUGCUGGUGCUGAGGUUGCGACCAAUGUGACACGUGUCUUGGUGCAUGUCAUAGACCAGGUGUAUGAAGCUGGUCGAGAUGAUAUACUUAAUUCAUACAUAAAGUAUGUUAUGAACGUUUCAUCCCAUGGCCGCAAAACUAUUCACGAGGAAAUGUGCCGAUCCCUUGCCCAGCUUCUCCAGCCUUCCAACAUGGACCAGUUGACCACCAACAAAAUCCUGAAGCACAGUCAGUUCUUCUUUGCUUUCAUCGCUCGCUCGAUGGCUCUGCAUUUACUCACUACAGCAAGAAUUAAGAUGGUUCGUAAUGAGCGGUUUAGUGAAGAGUACCAGGCGGAGGUCCGUUCAGUGGUUGAGCUGGUGGCUACCUACAUUGUGCAGCAUUACAAGGAGAAUCCGGUGGAAGCCAGAGCCGCCAACAUUGCACUGGCCCACUUCCUGAAGCGCUGCUUGAGCAUGAUGGACCGAGGCUACGUUUUCAGUCUCAUCAAGAUGUACCUCGAGCACUUUAGUCCAGGAGACCCCAUUGUGCUGCACGUGUACAAGUUCACCUUGUUGCGCGUGGUGUGCUCGCAUGAACACUACAUCCCCUUGAAUCUGCCUGUGUUCAAUACUCCCAUCAGUGCUGAUCCCAAGAAAGCAAAGCUGCGUCAUGGUACAGAUGAGUUUUACCUCAGCACGGACUUUUGCUCACAUCACUUCCUGGUUGGUGCUUUACUGAGCGAAGUUCGUUCUGCGCUUGGUGAAGUAGGAGAAGUACAGCGUGUGGCCAUUGGUGUGCUGCGUGACCUGUUAGCGAAGCAUGCAUUUGAUGAUAGAUAUCUACAGUCUGGUCAGCAGGCGAGAAUUGCGAGCUUGUACUUCCCUAUUGUGUCAGUGCUGCUUGAGAAUGUUAAGCGUCUGAGUUGGCCUGAUGUCUCAAACAACUCCACUGGGUCUGCCUUGAGAAGAAUGGACCCCAGAGCAAGUGCUAGAACUAGAAUUACCAACAGAUCUGGCGGUGGCAGUGUGGAUAUGAGCAACUACAGCACUCCAUCACGCAAGGGCUCAAGCCGCAUUGACGUGUCUAGCCUGGGCAUCCGGGCAGACCCCUCAUACUUGGCCAUUAUAGCCGGGCCAGGGGGGCUUGUGGCCAACCAGGUGAGUCUCGUCAAUGGAAGGUCCAGCUCAAGCCUGGAGUCGGAGGACAACCCACCUUCUGCCACUGCAUCAGAUUUACUUGAGGAAGACUUGGAGGAGGAAGGCUCUGAAGAUGUGAGGACUCACUCUAGGAACCUGAGUGUAGCAUUUGCAGGGGAGAGUGGCCCAGUGAGAUAUGAUAAACUGAGUCCGGCAGAAGUGCGUGAUUUGCUGUUGUGCUUCCUGCAUACCCUUAAGCAUGUACCAGAGGCGCAUCUUGUGUCGUGGUGGGCGACAAUCAGUGUUGAGGCACUGGAGAAGUUUUUCACCCUCCUUCAACUUUCACUACAUCACUUCAAAUAUAGUGGCAAAAGACAAAUUGUGCGAGAGCAAGCCCCAAAGAGGGCCUCAACGCUACCAGCCAAGUUCCAGCCUCCAAACAUCGGCCAUAGAGUGUCAACUGCAACUGAUAGCUAUAGUGUGAGCAGCCAUGAGGGUGAGGGCUGGCUUAAAGCACUGCAGGAGGCCAACCUGGCAACAGAAGUGGGCCUCAUUAUCCUGGAUGUGCUGGGCAACUUUACCACACACUGCCGUGACAUUCUGACUUCGGAUGGGGCUGAGGCCAUCAUGCAACAGGUGUUCUCUUUGCAUCUGCUGUACUUGCAGCUGGGCCAGUCGGAAACCCUGAUGAAGCAUGUGUUUGCAUCCCUCAGAGCCUUCAUCAACAAUUUCCCGCGGACGCUUUUCCAAGGUGAUGCAUCUCUUUGUGGAUCCCUCUGCUUUGAGAUGCUGAAGUGCUGCAACAGCAAGCUGACCAACUUGCGUCAUGAGGCGUGUGCUGUGCUCUACCUCCUUAUGAGGAGUAACUAUGAAUUCACUCGACGGACGGGAAUCAAUAGGGUGCAUCUACAGGUAAUAAUCUCUGUGUCCCAGCUGCUUGGGGAGAUCAUAGGGCUGAACAACUCAAGGUUCCAAGAGUCGAUGGCCCUGAUCAACAGCUAUGCUUCGAGUGACAAAGCCAUGACUAGUACAGGGUUUGUAAGUGAAGUACGAGACCUGACGAAAAGAAUCCGAACGGUCCUUGGUGCAACGGCGCAGAUGAGAGAACACGAGCGUGACCCAGAGAUGCUGUGUGACCUGCAACACUCCUUGGCGGCCUCCUAUGCAGCCACCCCUGAGCUGCGCACUACGUGGCUCCAGGCCAUGGCCAAGCACCACAUCAAGAACGGGGAUCUCUCUGAGGCUGCCUUCUGCCAGCUUCACAUAGCAGCUCUCAUGGCUGAGUACCUUCGACACCAGGGCAGCUUCCCUGAGGGAUGCCAGGUGUUCUCUAUUAUAUCAGAAAAUAUCCCCCGAGAUGAGUCAAAUUUGAGGCUUGAUGCAGGUCUAGUCGAUACAGUGUUCACCAUGGACUCCCUGAUCAACCAGCUCGAGGUCGCAGGCGGAAUAGUUGAGCGGGCGGAGAGGUUCGAGCUGCUGGGCAACCUCUAUCGGGUUCUCAUUCCGAUCUACGAGGGGCGACGGAACUACCCUGCGCUCGUCCAGUGCUAUUCUCACCUCUAUCAGGCUUAUUCCCGAGUGGUGGAGGUCAAUGCUUCGCAGAAGAGACUUUUGGGCCGUUACUAUCGUGUGGCCUUCUACGGACCUAGUUACUUUGAGGAUGAAGCUGGCAAGGAGUACAUCUACAAGGAACCCAAAGUAACCUCACUGGCAGAGAUUUCAGAGAGACUUUACCACCAGUACUGCGAUAAGUUCGGGAAAGAAGCUGUUAAGAUGAUCAUGGAUUCGAAUUCUGUUGAUGCUGAUGAACUGGAGUCACGCUACGCCUACAUCCAGGUGACGCACGUUAAUCCCUAUUUCCCCGAAGAGGAACGGAACAACAGGCAGACGGAAUUCGAACGCAACAACAACAUCAACACCUUCAUGUUCGAGACACCCUUCACCCUAGAGGGGAAGGCCCACGGAAAGUUGGAGGAGCAGUGGAAGCGGAGGGUUAUCCUCAAGACGGAUUACUUCUUCCCCUACGUGAAGAAGAGGAUACAGAUUGUGGAGACCGAGGUGCUAGAAAUGUCUCCCAUUGAAGUUGCCAUUGAUGAAAUGGAAAGCAGAGUCAAAGAACUGUUGGAAAUCAUUAAUAAACAUCCAACAGAUGUGAAGAAAUUGCAGCUGAAGCUUCAGGGCAGCAUCAGUGUGCAGGUAAAUGCUGGGCCUCUGGCUUAUGCAUCCACUUUCCUUGAAGAAACAAACUGCUCUUCGUAUCCAGUGAACCAGGUGUCUCGGUUGAAGGAUGUUUAUAGAGAGUUUGUGUGUACCUGCAAAGAGGCCCUGGACCUUAACAGCCAGGUCAUAAACAGUGACCAGUAUGAGUAUCAGAUGGCACUAGAGAGCAAUUUCUCGGAGCUGCUUCAGUCGCUGUCAUCAAUUCUGAACGAACCGCUGCUGGCUGCUCAGAUCGCUGUUGACAGUUUGCUGAAGAGGUCAUCGCAGCACUACCUGAGUAUGAUAAGUUCACCUGGGGGAGCCAGCAAUGCAUGAGGAGGAUCUGAGGAAUGAUUACAUUCGUUUUUACCCUAAAGUUUUAAAGUUUGGUCGAAUCUGAUGAUGGAAUCUCAGACUCAACAGUGUGUCUGUCAGUGAUAUAUAUAUAGUUUUUUUUUACUAUUAGGAUUUUUAGUUAAUGCUACUUAUGAUAAUGUUUUAUAAUGGUACACAUCAAUUUUUGUUUUUCUCUUUAUUAUUAUUUUUUUUGUAAGUAGAUGUAUUUUUAUGGAAACAAUAUUUUUUCUUUUAGUUCUAUGAAAGUAUUUCAUAAUAGCUCCGUGCCAUGUAUGUAUUUAAAAAUUUUGCUAGCUUUUUGAUGUCAAGAUCUGUGCCAUUGUGAUAACCAGUGACUAAAUGUGAUUUGGUGUGUAAAGUGUAAGCAGUGUAUCAUAUAUUUUUAUGUCGAGGGUAUUAAUGUCUGUGAACAACCCCAGUAUAUAUAUACAUAUAUAUAUCUUUUUACAGAGACUAUGAAAUGUAAUUGUAAAAGACAAUACAGUAGGAAGACUGAUUCUAAAAUGUUCUUAUCUCUCUGGUAGAUAUACGCUGUUUUCAUGAUCAUGUAGGUACUAAAUAGGGUUUACGUUAUAAAUUGUUAUGUCUUGUUUAACUGAUGCAGUGAUAAAAACCUUGAGGCCUGUACUUAAAAGAAAGAAAAAAAUUACUAUUGACAUCUAGUGAGGCAUAAAUGACACCUUAUAUCUUGUGCUCAACUCAAAAAGAUUGAUGAACCCAACUUGAAGUCCCAUUUUGUUUCUGCAUAAAGGAAUAUAUGCUUUCCUUUUGUAAACUGCAUGGUAAUUCACUUCAAGCCAAUGGCUGUGAAAGUUUCUUCCAAUCUUUUGAGCUUUUGUCCCGUAUGGUCUUUUAUCCUGGGCUAAAGAGUGGGAGAGGGUCCUGUGAGGUUGAGGUGUGGCCUGAGAAUCUCAGUCAGCUACAGUCGUUCGUUGCUCUACUUUAACAUAGUUUAUCUGAUGAUAAAGACCAUAUAUGAGCUCUGAAUUUUUUCCUUAAUGACUAGAAUGAAAUUACUCCCACUGUUUUUUGGAUGUUUUUUUUUUUCCACUUGCAUUCUUUUAUUGUGAAUAUUUGUCAGCUUCAGUUGUUUUGGGUUCUACAAUGAGGAAUGAGGACUGUAUUUGAAAUCAACAGUUUUUCUUGCAGAACAGAGGACCACCAUUUUUGUAUGAUUUGUCACAAAUUUAUCAAAAUUCUAUCUGAAGGGGGGAGCAUGAACUAGAAAAUCAAUACAUACUUGAAGGGGUUUAAGUAUUUACUAGUCACUUUACAACCUUCAAUGACAUGGCUCAUCUACAGAAUCUCGUCAACUGAACAAAAAGAGAUAUGACAUAUGGUGAUUUCAGUUUGGGAUAUAAAAGUGUCUUUUGUAAUCUGCUCAUUCAGUAGUGGCAAUAGUGAAGUGUUUUUUUUUCUUUUCUCUGUUAAGUAUGGUGCCGAUAUGGUAAGAAACUUGAUUUUUAAAAAGUAAUGUUACGGAUUACAAGAAUAUUUAUAUAUUUCUUUAUUUUAGCUUUAGAAACUUUACUCAUUCAGUUCAUUGGUUAUCAGACACAUUAAAUGGAGUUUGUUGAACAUGGAUUUAGGAAAUAUGGCUCUAAGUAUACAUGCACAAUCUGUUAACUUAGUGUGACAGCUAAAUAUGUUGUAAAAAAUGGUAUGAAAAUUGAUGUGUCUUUACAUAUAUAUAUAUAUA